AUUGCUUUGGUGAUCUGUACAUCCACCGCCGCCACCGCCGCCGCCACCACCACCACCACCACCGGCUACCUUUCCUUCAUCGCCUUUUCGUCUUCUGAAACUCCGACCUCUCUUUUCAACUGUUAUCUUCCUCUGCAAGCUAUUUUUCAUCCUCCCUAAAUCUCUCAGUGCUUCCACUUAACGCGCACUUCGGGAAUGUGUCGAGCACAGGAGUGGGCUUAUGCAGCCCUUCUGCUCCUGUGCUUCUCGUCGUCGGUACUCCUUGUUGGUGCAGCAAAGCCGGUUACUCGCCCCUCCGAAGUGGACGCUUUGCUCGAGAUCAAGAGAAGUUUGUUGGAUCCUAAUGGGAAUUUGAGUAACUGGAACAGAGGAGACCCUUGCAUUUCGAAAUGGACUGGUGUUCUGUGCUACAGUUCCACAUUGGAUGAUAACUAUCUACAUGUUGUUGAAUUCCUCCUUGACAAUAACAACAUAUCAGGGAAACUUCCACCUGAGUUGUUUCAAUUGCAAAACUUAGAAAUACUUCAACUUGACAACAACAACUUCAGCGGGUCCACAAUACCAGAUUCUUAUGGGAAUAUGAUUACAUUGCUGAAAUUGAGUCUAAGGAACUGUAGUUUGCAAGGACCAAUUCCUAAUCUGAGCAGGAUAAAGAACCUGGGUUAUCUGGAUCUAAGUAACAAUCAACUAAGUGGAUUCAUACCACGAGACAAGUUUUCUGAGAAUAUCACUACCAUCAUUUUAUCAGACAAUCGUCUUACUGGCACCAUACCAUCCAGUCUUUCGGAUCUACCACUUCUUCAGAAAUUGUCAAUUGCAAAUAAUUCAUUGAACGGCUCAGUUCCAUCCUCCAUAUGGCAAAACAGGACGCUCAAAUUUUUGGACAGCCUUACAGUAGAGCUGCAGAACAAUAAAUUUUCAAAUAUUUUGGGAAGCAUCGAUCUCCCUCAGAACGUCACUGUCUGGCUUCAUGGAAAUCCUGCUUGUUCUAAUAACAGCCUGGUGCACUUCUGUGGAUCUGAGCGUGAGGAUAUAAUUGACAUUCCAACAAAUAAAAGUCUUGGCUGUUCUGAUUCAAUAUGCCCACCUCCUUAUGAAUGUUACUCGGCAAAAUGUCCCUCAUUUUGUGUCUGUUCUGCACCUCUUCUUAUUGGAUAUCGUUUGAAAAGUCCCGGAUUCUCACUUUUUAGUCCAUAUCAAAAAAUGUUCGAGGAGUACCUGACCAAUGGUCUUACAUUACGUCUUGAACAAUUGGACAUUGGUUUUACUGUGUGGCAAAAGGGGCCUCGAUUAAGAAUGAACCUGAAGCUUUUCCCUCUACAUGUUGCCGAUAACAAUAGUUCUCACGUGUUCAAUGACAGCGAGGUUGUAAGAAUUGUUUCCAAGUUUACAAGUUGGAACAUUUCAGAUAGCGACAUAUUUGGACCGUACGAACUUCUCAGCUUGACAAUAUCCGAUAUUUAUAAGAAUGUAUCUAUUCCACCACCAUCUGAUUCUACUAUGAGUAAAGGGGCAUUGGCUGGAAUAAUAUUAGGAGCAAUUGCUGGUGGAGCAACGCUAUCUGCAAUUAUUUUUAUUUUUAUCGUAAGAUUACGUGUGAGGGGCCACCACAUCUCAAGAAGGCAUCGUCGUAACUUCCCUGCAGAACCACAUAUGAGAGCUAAGAUGUUGGUUUAUGAGUUUAUGUCAAAUGGCACGCUGAGGGAUCACCUUUCUGUACGUUCUGCAAAACCUUUGAGUUUUACCACAAGAUUAAGAGCUGCCCUGGGUGCAGCUAAGGGAAUUCUGUACCUUCACACGGAAGCUGAUCCCCCAAUAUUCCACAGGGACAUCAAGUCCAGCAACAUAUUAUUAGACUCCAAAUAUUUAGCAAAGGUUGCUGAUUUCGGACUUUCACGACUUGCACCUCUACCAGAUACAGAAGGCGAUGUGCCAAAUCAUGUAUCGACGGUAGUAAAAGGGACACCGGGUUAUCUCGAUCCAGAGUACUUCUUGACUCGUAAAUUGACAGACAAAAGUGAUGUUUAUAGUCUUGGUGUCGUGUUUUUGGAGAUUUUAACUGGGCGGCACCCGAUCUCACACGGCAAGAACAUCGUUAGAGAGGUCAACCGUGCAUAUCAGUCUGGAAAAAUUUUCUCGAUUAUCGAUGGUCAACUCGGAUCUUAUCCCCUUGAAUGUGUUGAAAGAUUUGUGACUUUGGCUCUGAAAUGUUGCCAAAAUGAAACAGAUGCACGCCCUUCAAUGGCAGAAGUCGUUCGAACACUCGAAACUAUCUGGCUUAUGCUGCCCGAGUCUGAUACGAAAGUUGCAGAGCCUCCAAUGACGAACGUCGUAAAAAUGACCAGUCCUCCAUCUUCAUCAUCCAACAUGAAUAACUAUUACACAUCAGAAGUCUCUGGCAGCGACCUUGUAAGUGGAGUAGCUCCCACCAUCACACCCAGAUAGACAACAUUAUUUCCUUAAUCGACACUUAAUUAACAAGCUUAAUCUCAGUUUGUAUAUAGUUUUGCAGACACGAUUGUUCUUCAAAUACAUUAAAUUAUUGUAUCUUCAGAGCAUAAUUUUUGGUUCACUAUUAGGAAAUACUUUUCAUGUGGUUCAUCCACUUGCUAAUGUAACUAGUGUGGUUAGAUUUAUUUACUUCUUGUUGUUAUAAAGUUAAUAAGAUUGAUUGAAUGUAA